AUCUGUUUGCUAAAUAUUGAAGUUUUAAGUAUUUUUUAUUAAGUAGGUACCUAACUAAAAUACAAAAAUUUAUUCCGUAAUAAAAUAAUACACUGCUAGCGGCAAAAGGCGGCUUUAUCAAAGGAACGCGCGGCACUUGUCAAAGAAAAGCCGCGUUUUUUAUUCUUGCCGCUUUUCUAGAAAUUUUGGGCGGCGCGUUUGACGGGAACAUUCGAGACUUUCGUGCAAGCCGAUAUAAAUGUUGCGCCUGCAGGAUUUGGAGUCAUUCUAAAUUGUAACUUGAAGGCAAUACUACGUCGAUACAAAGUUUAUAAUUAAAUAGUACAAAAUGAGUGCAGCGAAGAAAUCUAAAACGUAUCAUUUUAAUAACGAUUGGGAGGGAGAAUUUUUCUUUUGUAUGGUGAAGGAUAAGUGCAUUUGUCUUAUUUGUCGUGCGUCAGUUGCAAUACCUAAGCGUGGUAACUUAGAGAGCCAUCAUAAAACGGUUCAUAAAAACUAUGAAAAGUAUUUUCAGCCACAGAGUGAAUUAAGAAAACAAAAAAUACUUGAUUUGAUAUCUUGUUUGAAAAAAGAACAAACCAUGUUCACAAGACCAGCCAAACAAUCAAAAGCUGCUUCGAUCGCGUCAUUUAAAAUAUCUCAUAUAUUGGCAAAACACAAGAAACCAUUCGAAGAUGGAUUGGUUGUGAAGGAAGCAUUUAUUGGAGCGGGUGAGACUUUAUUUGGAGAUUUUAAAAAUAAAACAGAAAUCAUGUCUGCUAUUAGAGAACUUCAGUUGUCUCGUCCGAGUCAGGACAUGGUAGAUAAACUAAAACAUGGAAUGUAA